AAAUACUUUUGCUUAUUACCUGACCAGCCUCGGUCAUCUCAAACGCCGAAUCAACGCCGACACACCUGGCGGCGACCCCGCAUUGCACAGUAUAAAUCAUCCCCUCGUCUCCGUUGGUCAAAACACGAAAAUUCUCUCAUACCUGCCCACGAUGGCACAGACUAACUUGCUCAGCGCGGACCCCCUCAGUCUUGAGACGAUUCGGGGAACGUUGAUUCGACUAGAGGAGACGAUCAUCUUCUCGCUGAUCGAGAGAGGGCAAUUCGCGCUCAAUCCCACCAUCUACCAGAAGGGUGCAGUCGCGCAACUCAAGGAGCUCGGAUUUCAAGGGAGUUGGCUGGAGUGGUUCUUGGCCGAGAUCGAGAGCUUCCAUGCCAAAGCACGCCGCUACACCUCCCCCGACGAAUACCCCUUCACGUCGAACCUCCCUGCCCCCUUGCUCCCCCCUCUCCAAUUCCCCACCAUCUUCCACCCCAACACCGUCAACGUCAACCCCACUAUCCUCAAUUUCUAUAUCCACUUCAUCCUCCCCCGCAUCACCGCGAACGCGACGCAGGCUCUGGCGGCUAAGAAGCGUGCCGAGGGGGUGCAAGGCGCUGCUGAAUGGGAAGAUGACGGGAACUGGGGGAGCGCCGCGACUGUGGACGUGAGCGUUCUUCAGGCGAUAAGCAAACGAGUGCAUUAUGGGAAAUUCGUCUCCGAAUCCAAAUUCCGCUCCAAGCCGAGCGCUUUCAUCCCCCACAUCCAGGCGGGCAAUCGCCAGGCCCUAGAGGACCUGAUCACCAAGCCCGAGGUGGAGCGUGCUCUUCUCCACCGGCUGAGGAAGAAAGCGAGCCUGUACGGGCAGGAGAUCGGCCCGGACGGGGAACCGUUGGUGAAUGGGAAGAAUGGUGUGAAUGGGACGAAUGGACACGCGGAGAACGAGAAGGCCAAAGCGAAAAUCGAUGCCGAUGUCGUCGUUGAGAUCUACGAAAGCUGGCUGAUCCCGCUUACGAAAGAGGUCGAGGUGGAUUACCUUCUCCAGCGGCUGGAUGGCCUUUCUGAGAAAGAGAUCGAGGCAUUCAUGUCCCAGCCAGCGAAAUAGCGUCUUUCUCAUGUGUCCUUUAUCUGUUCACCGUCUUUGUCACCCUCGGUCAUCGCUUGGGGUCGGUCCCUUGAGUGCUGCGUACGCAACACUCAAUAAACGGGAUAACUACACUUGUAUAUACACCUACGGGGGGCAUUGCCCACCACCUAUUGUACAGAUCUUCCGAAGAAGUACAUGACAUAAACUGGAGGGAGGUAUUCAUCAGAAAUCGCGCCAGAGCCAUUAAUAGGCUCGACUUUCCACGUGUUCUAAGGACACCACAAAAAGCGUGAAACGGGAAAGAUAACAGGAUAUCAAAGAGAGGUGUAUCUGCCCGCAGGGGCGAGAGGCUUGAGACGGGGAGACGGGGAGACGGAGAGACGGGGAGAUGAAUAGGAAUUAAGAGAUGGCGGAAAGGCCUUUUGUUUGUGCAUUGCGUGCUCUGGGCGUUGGGGUGGUAUAAGGAACGUUGGGCGCAGGUGGUCAGACGCGUGAACCAAUUUGAGGGAAAUGAGAUAGGACCAGGAGGGAACCAAGGAAAUGAAGAGACAAGAAGCGUAUCCAAAAUGAACCAACAAAUAAACCAGGAUUGCCUUUCACAGUAGGACUCGAGCUGAGCUUGAGCCUGGGCAGCAGGGCGCGCCAGUCGCCGUGGAUUAUAGACCAUAAAUCUUCUUACGCUCGUCCUCGGUCACUGUAUCUUGAUCAUUACCGAUGCAUAUAUGAAGCAAAACAGGACGUACUAGCGCGGGUAGCCCGUCUCGCGAGCAGCUUUUCUGUCCGGAACUUCUCGUACAGCACUCGGCGGGUAUCGUUUCUGAGAACCUGCAGAACCACCGUAAGCACCCAG